ACAAACAUGGCGCCUCUGAAGGACUCCAACUUUCGCCGUUAUCAAAUAAUUCGAUGGAUGGUUUAUAUCUCACUAUUUUUAGGUUACUCCUCCUAUUAUUUCUCCAGAAAGUCUUACACCUUCGCCAUACCGGCCUUAAUACAAGACCUUAACCUAAAAAAGAAUGAACUCGGUGCAAUAACGAGUGGUUUCGCAGCGAUGUACGGUGUUGGAAAAUUUACGGGCGGCUUAUUAUCAGAUACUCUGAGUCCUAGAACGAUGUUUACGGCAGGAAUGUUAUUAACUGGGAUGAUAAACAUUCUUAUUGGAUUCACUGGGAACGUCUGGCUUUUGACUUUUCUCUGGAGCAUGAAUGGUCUGGCUCAAGGUUGUGGUUGGCCGCCGUGUACUAAAUUACUCAGAGAGUGGUUCUCUCCUUAUGAGUUGGGUACCCUGUGGAGUCUUCUUACAGCUGGCUGUAACCUAGCAACGAGCAUUUCUCCGGUGUUAACAGCAUUUCUUACUUCAAACUUUGGUUGGUCAGCAGCAUUCAUUACUCCUGGAGUCAGUACUGCCGCAAUGUCUGUUUUAGCUUACUACCUUAUUUGUGAUUCUCCAUCAGAAAUAGGACUGGAGGAAUUUACCCAAAGAACUACUAUGAAAUCAAGAACUGAAAACAAAACAGUAGAGAACAAGAAGGACUACAUUAUUACAAUGCUUCACAGUCCAUUUUUGUGGGUUUUAAGUGCAGGAUAUCUACUGACUUUGUUUGUGAAGACUGGAGUUGGUGAAUGGACACAACUAUUUUUGAUACAGACAAUUGGAAGAACACAAUAUGAUAGUAGUGUUGCUAUGAGUUUUUUAGAGAUAGGUGGACUCUUUGGUAGCAUAACAUCUGGUUAUAUAACGGACAAGUUGGUGCUUAAGUAUGGAACCUCCACACUCUCCAGUCCAAGAGUUCCUCCUAUGAUUGGCUUUGCAUUUUUACAGUUAGCCUGUGUGUAUCUCUUACACACAGCAGUAACAUCAUCCACUUCACUGUGGUUUAUUUCAACACUGAUAUUUGGCAUAGGCUUCUCAUUAUACACAGCAAUAAAUCUGUAUGGAGUGCUGGCCAUGGAGAACAGUCCACCAGGACUCAGCGGAACAUCUCAUGCAAUUGUUGCUUUAGCUGCAAACGUGGGAGCAACACUGGCAGGAAUUCCUCUGACAACAAUCAGUAAGGUGUACGACUGGGGAGGUGUCUUUGUUUGUCUUGAGCUGGCAUCUUUGUUCUGUGGCUGUUUGCUGAUUGGAGCACGUAAUGUCAACAGGCAUAUGAUUGAACCUUCAAAGCUCCAGUAAAAGCUUUAAGGGGCACCUCCUGGAUAUUGUUAUCUACCUGAAUAAUUUCCUACUGCUGUAUGGCUAAUUAUUUUUGUGAAACUUAUCUUGUGAUUAGCAAUUUACUGUAUGGAACCUCCACACUUGCCAGUCCAAGUGUUCCUCAUAUGGUUGGCUUUGCAUUCUUACAGUUAGCCUGUGUGUAUCUCUUACACACAGCAGUGACAUCAUCUACUUCACUGGUAUGGAUGCAUUCCUUGGCCUGUUCCAGGCAUUCUUGCAGUACACAGAGCAUGAUAGCCACUCAGAAGGGAAAUAGCUGGAGACUCAAUCAGGGUGGGUUUAUGGGUGCUUAAGGUUACUUCGCACCUUCAUGGGUGUCCUUCGGGAAAAAAUUCAUAAGCAUGCUAGUUUAAGAUUAUUAUACCAAGGUGUGUACCUGUUUGUCCUUUCAAACACUUCUGUAAAAUUGAUUUAACUCGACUUUUAUCAGUUAAUGGAAAUUUCCUAAAUUGACCAAAAAAAUGUUUUUCUCAGUUAAGUUAACCUUAAAUGUUCCCUGUCAGUCAAAUAUGGUAAGUUAUGUGUUCAAGAAUAUAUUAAAAUAUAUUUUUAA